AGGCCCGGAGACGCGAAGUGACUCGGCCAUAGUCAUACCCGAACCCAGGACCUCCCGAAUCCCGGGCCCGGCCGAUUCCCUGAGCGCGGCCGACGGACCGACGUGGGCCCCGUCGAGGGAUCCGGGGCCUUCGGCCAUGGGGUUCGGGGUUCGAGGGUGGCUCCCAGCCGCCUCCCUCCUCUUGCUGGCCACCCCUGCCCUGCCCCUCCUCAACGCCACGCUGCUGGACAGGCUGUUGGACAAGUACGCGGACGAGGCCGGAGCCUGGUGGACGGCCAAGCCCAGGGGGAAGAGGGCCAUCGCCGACAGCGACCUACACGGCAUCCUGGACCUCCACAAUACCCUGCGAGGGCAGGUCUCCCCGCCGGCGGCCAAUAUGGAGCACAUGACGUGGGACCCGGAGCUGGAGCGGUCAGCGGCGGCGUGGGCGGCGGCGUGUCGCUGGGAGCACGGGCCCGCCGGCCUGUUGCCCUCCAUCGGGCAGAACCUGGGCGCCCACUGGGGCAGGUACAGGCCGCUGACGUUCCACGUGCAGUCCUGGUACGACGAGGUGCGCCAUUUCGCCUACCCUGACCCGCCCGACUGCGACCCCGACUGCCCUUUCCGCUGCUCGGGGCCCGUCUGCACACACUACACCCAGAUGGUCUGGGCUACCAGUAGCCGCAUAGGCUGUGCCGUGAACCUGUGCCACAACAUGAACAUCUGGGGACAAAUCUGGCCCAAAGCCGUCUACUUGGUGUGCAAUUACUCCCCCAAGGGCAACUGGUGGGGGCACGUGCCCUACAAAUCCGGACCACCUUGCUCCGCUUGCCCGCCCAGCUUCGGCGGGAGCUGCAGAGACAACCUGUGCUACCGAGAAGGGCCACAGCCGGGGCCCGCUCUCCGGGAGCCAGAAGAGGAAACCAACGAGAUCGAGAGGCCCCAAAGCCCGAGGACCACCUGGCGGGACCGCCCCGGCUCUCAAUUGGACGCCCCCGGCGGGAACGACGUCGUGAGCACCCAGCAGAUGUCCCAGAUCGUGACGUGCGAAGUCAGGCUGCGGGACCGCUGCAAGGGGACAACCUGUAACAGGUAUGAAUGUCCGGCCGGUUGUUUGGACAGCAAAGCCCGGGUUAUCGGCAGUGUACACUACGACAUGCAAUCCAGCAUCUGCCGGGCGGCGCUCCAUUACGGUGUGAUGGACGACGAUGGAGGCUGGGUGGAUGUCACCAGGAGAGGCCGGAAGCCCUUCUUCGUCCAGUCUAUCCGCAACGGGAUCCGGUCCAGCGGAAAAUACCAGCCCUCCAACUCCUUCACGGUGGCCAAGGUGAGAGUGCAGGCCAUCACCUGCGAGACCACCGUGGAGCAGCUCUGUCCCUUCCGCAAACCGGCCUCCCACUGCCCGAGGAUAUACUGCCCACCCAACUGUCUGCAGGCAAACGCCCACUACGCCAGAGUCAUCGGGAGCCGGAUUUAUUCGGAUUUGUCCAGUAUCUGCCGGACGGCCGUCCACGCGGGCGUGGUGAAGAACCGGGGCGGCUACGUGGACGUCAUGCCCACGGACAAGAGGAGCGUCUACACCGCCUCCUUCCAGAACGGGAUCUUCUCGGAAAGCUUGCAGAAUCCUCCGGGCGGAAAGGCUUUCCGAGUGUUUGCUGUCCUUUGAACGCCACCCCCUUCUCCUUCCCCAGACCCUCCCCCAGAAACUCACAGACACACACACACACACAACACACGGAAAAGUA